AGCUCCCGCCGCCCGCAGACCGGGCCCCCGCCGCCACCGGGGCAGGCACCGGCACCGGCACCAUGUCGGUGGCGGGGCUGAAGAAGCAGUUCUACAAAGCGAGCCAGCUGGUCAGCGAGAAGGUCGGAGGGGCCGAAGGGACCAAGUUAGACGAUGACUUCAAGGAGAUGGAAAAGAAAGUGGACCUGACCAGCAAGGCUGUGACAGAAGUACUGACCAGAACCAUAGAGUACCUCCAGCCCAACCCAGCUUCCAGAGCCAAGCUCACCAUGCUCAACACCAUGUCCAAGAUCCGCGGGCAGGUGAAGAACCCCGGCUACCCCCAGUCCGAGGGGCUGCUGGGGGAGUGCAUGAUCCGCUACGGGAAGGAGCUGGGAGACGAUUCCAACUUCGGGGACGCGCUCCUCGACGCCGGCGAGUCCAUGAAACGCCUGGCAGAGGUGAAGGACUCGCUGGACAUCGAAGUCAAACAAAACUUCAUUGAUCCCCUGCAGAACCUGUGUGACAAAGACCUGAAAGAGAUCCAGCACCACCUCAAGAAGCUGGAAGGGAGGCGCCUGGACUUCGACUACAAGAAGAAGCGACAGGGCAAGAUCCCCGAUGAGGAGCUCCGGCAGGCCAUGGAGAAGUUUGAGGAAUCCAAGGAAGUGGCAGAGACCAGCAUGCACAACCUCCUGGAGACGGAUAUCGAGCAGGUGAGCCAGCUGUCAGCCCUGGUGGACGCCCAGCUGGAUUACCACAGGCAGGCCGUGCAGAUCCUGGACGAGCUCGCCGAGAAGCUCAAGCGCAGGAUGAGGGAGGCGUCCUCGCGUCCCAAGCGGGAAUACAAACCCAAGCCCAGGGAGACCUACGACUUCAGGGACACCGACCAGUCCAACGGGGGCUUCUCCUGCAACCCCACCCCCAAAGUCUCAGCAGCUUCCACCUCUUUCCGGUCGGACAAGCCGUCCCGGUCCUCCGUCAGGAGUAUCCCCCCCCUGGACCAGCCCUGCUGCAAAGCCCUCUACGACUUCGAGCCCGAGAACGACGGCGAGCUGGGCUUCAAGGAGGGCGACAUCAUCACCCUGACGAACCAGAUCGACGAGAACUGGUACGAGGGGAUGAUCCACGGCCAGUCCGGCUUCUUCCCGCUCAACUACGUGGAAGUGCUGGUCCCGCUACCUCAGUGAAACGGCGCCGCUCCCGCCCCGAGUGUCCCGAGCUCCAUUCCAGCUCCAGCCCGCCCUCCCCACCUCGGGGCCAGGCGCUCCCAGGGAACAAACCAGAAGGGUCCCACGGCCCCUUCCCCCCAGCAAUUUGGUUAUUUUCCUUUUUUUUUUCUUCUUUUUUUUUUUAAUUUUGUCCUUCUGGUGCUUGAACUUCGGUACUUUGCCCACCCCCAGCCGCGGGCAGCUCUGCCCUGGCCCUGGCCCUUCCCAGUCCCUGUCCUUCCUUUGGAUCCAGUGCCCAGAUGAGCCAGGUGGGAGAGCUGGGAUGUGUCCUGGGGAUGUGUCCUGGACACACAGGAGAGCUGGGAUGGACACUGGGAUGAGCUGGGAUGUGUCCUGGACACACAGGGAUGAGCUGGGAUGUGUCCUGGACACUGGGAUGAGCUGGGAUGUGUCCUGGACACUGGGAUGAGCUGGGAUGUGUCCUGGGGAUGUGUCCUGGACACACGGCCCCAGGGCAGGGCAGCCCCAGCGAGCGCUGCCCUGUCCCCACGGAUCCCCGAGGGAUCAGGGGAGGGCAGCUGGGGCACAGCAACACUAAAACACGCAGAGAACACUAAGGCAGCCCUGCAGGGCAGGUGCUGAGCCCUGCCUGGGGCUCUCAGAGCCACCCCUGCCCAUCCCGGAGGGACAGGAGCGAUGUCCCCUGCCCGCCCGGCCCCUCCCCGCAGAGCUCAGCCCCUGGGGGGACCCUGCUCCUUCUGCCCGUGGUUCUUUCCUGGAGCUGAGGCUGUUCCUGCUACAAACUCCCCGCAGUCGCUCACACCCGAGGGGUCUCUGGAGAGGGAGGAGCUGGGUCCCAGCCCGGGCUGUGUCUGUGGUGGGGCAGAGCUUGUGGUUCCUGUGCCCGGGGCUCUGCACGUUCCCCCUUCCCGGGAUCCCUCCUGGGGCUGGAGCUCCUCAGGUGCCUCCCCUGGCCCCCAGCCUGCCCGGAGCCCCCUCCCCGGGGCAGCACCCCUGCUGCGGUGGGAAAAGGGCUGGUUCAUCUCAGUGUCACCUCUGCCACCCCUGGUCCCUCAGCUGUCCUUCCCGGGGCCAGGACUGGGGUUGGGCUGGGCAGAGCAGCUUGCUGGGCUCCGAGGUUUUCCUCCCUGCAAAAGUGGGUUCUCCCCUCGUGGAGCUCCAGCUCCGAGCAGGGCUGUGCUGCAGCUCCCCUGUCCUGCUGCAGGAGGUUUGUGAGUGUCCGUGUGUCUGUCUGACCCCGCUGUCCCCUCCCCGGUGGGAGCAGGGUCACGGCCCGGGGACCCCGGCUCCUGCUCAGGUGGAUUGAAACGCGUUCUGUCAGCUGGGACAACUCGCUCGAGUUUGUUUUUGUUUUGUUUGGUUUUUUUUCUUUUGGGUUUUGUUUGGUUUUUUUUUUUUUGGUAAUGGUUUCUCCUGGUUUUUAGGGGAAAAAAUGAUGACCCACAAUUCUUGACUUGUA